GUGUGUGUAUAAGAGAUGAGUGACCGGGGGUCUGCCGGUCACACAUCCACGCCAGCGGAGGAACUAACAGGUGCUCGAUCCGAACCAGCAGCCAUGCAUCACUCCAUGCUCCCCCUGUGCGUCCUGGGACUCCUCGCGCUCUCCUCCGCCUGCUACAUCCAGAACUGCCCCCGGGGAGGGAAGCGCGCGCUGCCGGAGGGCAGCAUCAGACAGUGCAUGCCCUGUGGCCCUGGAGACAGGGGCCGCUGCUUCGGCCCUAGCAUCUGCUGUGGAGACGGCCUGGGCUGCCUGCUGGGCUCCGCGGCGUCAGCUCACUGUGAGGAGGAGAACUACCUGCUCACCCCCUGCCAGGCAGGAGGGAGACCCUGUGGACCCGAGGGGGGCCGAUGUGCCUCCUCGGGUCUCUGCUGUAACUCCGAGGGCUGCCUGCUGGACUCCGACUGCCUCGGGGAGACGGACGCCACAGAUCCAGCCCAGAGCUCCGCAAGGAGCUCGCCCACGGAUCUGCUGCUUCGCCUCCUUCACGUGGCCAGCAGAGGACAGAACGACUACUGACGCCACGAGCGUCAAGCACCCGACCACCUGCAGCCGCAACAGAUGUUAGGCCUCAACCUGUGAACUCUGACCCCAGUCAAUCUUUGUUCUGUCCUAAAUGUCUUUUUCUGUGCUCUUCAAUUUGUUUUUUCUGAAUAGAAACACGUUUAAAAUCCCAGAGCAGAGAGGUUACACCCACGGCAAAUUUCUCUCUUGCUGUCACUUAAAAAGGAAAAUGUACAUACGUGCACAUAAUGUACACAAUUCAAGUCAAAGAAAACGGUGUAAAUAAACGACGGAUCAUGAAGUAAAGU